CGUUAGGUCGAUGUGCUCCGUGCUCCCCAAACCUCAAACUCAUUUUUGUGUAUAUUUUGCUGUUUGAUAAUGAAUACAGCGGGUGGAAUCGAUAGAACUAUAGAAAUUGACCUAGAAUGCGAAGAAGCAAUAUUGCACUCCGCCUGAAAUUAAUAAUAAGGCGAAGGAGGUUACACUGGAUUUACUGCCUAACAAGUCAAAAGAAAAAUAUAACCUCCAGUACAAACUAUUUAUGGAUUGGUGUUCUACAAAAAACGUGAAAAGGUCACUCUUUGUCCCCAUCUUUUCGUUAUAUCCUGUAUUUCUAACAACAUUGAGAAAACGAAUCAUCAAAGGUACAACAUGGCCCCUCCUAUGCAGUCUCAAUAAAACUGAUUCUAUGUGGAUGACUGCUUCACAUUUAUGGUGUUCAGGUGUCGUAAACAUGCCUUAUUAUCCCGCUUUACGAGCCACCGUCUCCAUCCAGCCCUACAAACAUGAAUCGCCGGCUUGGUUCAUUUUCUUACAAGGUGUUAUUUCGGACACCAAUAAACCACAAAACAACUCUUUUUAUCUGAUAUAA